AUGCCCAUCACUCAUCGCGACCUAUCAGUUGACUCACAGACUGUGGAACCACCAGCUGCUUCAUCUUCGGUGGAUAGAUUGCACAACUACUACUGGUCAUCGCAGAAAGAACCACAUGCGAUCCGCCGGCAUGCGAUAUUAAAGUCACAUCCUCAGGUGAAGAAACUGAUGGGACAUGAGCCUUUAACUAAAUACAUUAUAUUCGGGGUUGUGACGUUGCAGUGCACGAUGGCCUACUUACUGCGCAACACUUCUCCACUGAGUUGGAAAUUCUGGCUUUGUGCAUAUGUGGUCGGAGCCACUGCAAACCAGAAUGUGUUUUUGGCGAUCCACGAACUGUCGCACAACUUAGCAUUCCGCCAGCCGAUUUACAAUAAAUUAUAUUCGGUCUUUACAAAUACACCUAUUGGAAUUCCAUACGCCGCGUCCUUUGGGCCUUAUCAUCAACUUCACCACAAAUUUCUAGGCGAUGAAGUCUACGAUACCGAUAUCCCUACUCCUUUUGAAGCUAUGCUUCUCUCGAAUGUCUUAGGAAAGGCGUUCUUUGCCACGUUCCAGAUUUUCUUUUACGCAUUCAGACCCAUGUUCGUCACGUCAAUCCCGAUGUCUCCGCUGCAUCUCGUUAAUGUCGUGUACCAGUUUACUUUCGACUACAUCUGGAUUCGUUCAUUUGGAGUUAACUCAUUCGUGUACUUCCUACUUUCGUCAUUUUUGGCAGGUUCUCUACAUCCUUGUUCAGGCCAUUUUAUUGCCGAGCAUUACUUAUUAAAUCUUGAAGAAGCAUUGGUCGGUGGAAAACUGGCCCUAAAACAUACUCCGGGUGAAAAUGAGAAAAUUUGCAGUACUGAUGAAUCACAAGUGAAGCGUGGAGAAGUAGUAUUCCAGCAAGAUUAUGCGCUCGAAACAUUUUCCUACUACGGAAUUUUAAACUUCUUCACCUGGAAUGUGGGACUUCACAAUGAACAUCAUGACUUUCCAUUCAUCGCCUGGUCAAAACUUUGGGAACUUAACCGCAUGUGCCCCGAGUAUUACAAGGAUUUGCCAAAGCAUAAUUCAUGGUGUAAAGUACUAUGGGACUUUGUUUUGAAAGACGAUGUUACUUUGUACAACAGAGUGAAGCGCGUUAAUAAGAACAAAAUGACUUAA